CCUUGCUUCGUCCUACGAAUCACAGCCCACUAUGCUCUCCUCCCUCCGCCGCCUCUCCUCCCUCCGCCGCCGCCCCUUCCCCCUUCGCCCCUCCACUCCCCUCCGCCGAGCUCCUUCUGAUCCGUUUCUACCGUUUCCGCGCAUCCCCACCUCCUCCGCUGCCUUCUCCACAGCCGCCCCCUUCGAUGGUGUCAUCGGCGGGGAUUCUCCUACUGCGUCAGAAAAGGAUGGAGAUACGGUGGGAUACCGACACACCGACGCGUACAAGGCGAUCCAGCUCGCUCUCGAUUCGGUCGUGAAGGUGUUCACUGUUUCCAGCAGCCCCAAUUUCUUCAUGCCGUGGCAGAGGAAGGUGCAGAGGGAGAUCUUCGGUUCUGGAUUUGUGAUUCCUGGGCGGCAAAUUGUAACUAAUGCUCAUGUAGUUGCUGAUCACACAUAUGUACUGGUAAGAAAGCAUGGUUCACCAACCAAAUACAAGGCAGAAGUUCAAGCUAUCGGUCAUGAAUGUGAUUUAGCUCUUCUCACUGUGGAAAAUGAGGAAUUUUGGGAUGGUAUGAUUUUUCUGCAGCUGGGUGACAUUCCUUAUAUACAAGAAGAAGUUGCUGUUGUUGGUUACCCUCAAGGUGGAGACAACAUUUCUGUUACCAAAGGCGUGGUAUCUAGAGUAGAACCAACACAAUAUGUUCAUGGUGCUACCCAGCUAAUGGCCAUACAAAUUGAUGCAGCUAUUAACCCAGGAAACAGUGGAGGACCAGCAAUUAUGGGUGACAAGGUUGCUGGAGUUGCUUUUCAGAACCUUUCAGGUGCAGAAAAUAUCGGGUACAUUAUUCCUGUUCCAAUUAUCAAACACUUCAUUUCUGGAGUGGAAGAGAAGGGUGAAUAUGUGGGAUUUUGCUCUCUUGGAGUGUCAUGCCAACCUACAGAAAAUUGUUAUCUUCAGAGUUACUUCUGCAUAAAGCAAGAUAUGACUGGUGUUCUUGUUAAUAAAAUCAAUCCUCUAUCACAUGCUCAUACAAUGUUGAAGAAAGAUGAUAUCAUCCUUAAAUUUGAUGGAGUGCCCAUUGCAAGUGAUGGAAGUGUACCAUUUCGAAACAGAGAGAGAAUACUUUUUGAUCACCUUGUGUCUAUGAAGAAACCAGGGGAAACAGCUCUUCUCCAUGUAUUGAGAGAUGGGAAGGAGCAUCAGUUCAAUGUUUCUCUUCAACCAUUACAAACUUUAGUUCCGGUCCAUCAGUUUGAUAAACUUCCAAGCUACUACAUAUUUGCUGGUCUAGUUUUUAUUCCAUUGACCCAACCCUACCUCCAUGAGUAUGGGGCGGAAUGGUACAACACUUCACCACGCCGGUUAUGCGAACUAGCAUUGCGUGAAUUGCCCCAAAAGGCUGGCGAACAACUCGUCAUUCUUUCUCAGGUUUUGAUGGAUGAUGUCAAUACAGGAUACGAACGGUUCACGGAAUUGAAGGUGAAGAAAAUCAACGGCGUCGAAGUUGGGAACCUAAAGCAUUUGCAUGACCUUGUGGAAGGUUGCUCCGAGGAAAGCCUACGACUGGAUUUAGACGAAGAGAAAGUCAUCAUUUUUAACUACAACAACGCGCGGCUUGCUACACCGAGAAUUCUGAAGCGCCACAGAAUACCUUCAGCUGUGUCGAGUGAUCUAGUCGAUGAGCAAGAAACCAAUGGUGAAACUGCGGUGGCAUCCUCAAGUUGACUUCAUUGUUUACAUCUCUUCUUUAGAAUUUUGAAGGCAUUACCAUUCAAACCUUGAAGGUAGAAAGAUUCUUUUCCCUUAAAGGGCAUGUUUCUUAGCAGGGAAAGAAACUAAGGUCGAGGGAAGUCUUAAAAAUAGGAUUAAUAUUUAGAUUAUUUGUUAUUAUUGAUAUGUAGACGUUAAAAAUUAGUUUAGAUGGCGAAUUAAUACCUAUUUGCAAUUGAUUUUAAUUUUUUCUAA